AUGGGAGAUCUCAGUGCUGAGGUCGAGGUCAUCGUCAUCGAAUCAGAUGACGAUGACCUAGAAGUGACCGCUUAUCUGGGCGCGGGCACCACCUUGAAUAGGAAUCCGACACCUUUGAAACUCGAAGAACCUACCAAUACGCCUAAACGUGGCCCCGUUCCCUCUGUCCCUAAAUCAGAAGCUUGCGACACGCCGUGCCGCAUGUUGUCGAGUACGCCAGUUAAGAUCCAAGACGAGAGCGACGAUGAUUUCAAUGAUGGCGAGGCGGCAUAUAAAAAGUUCAAGGCACGCAAGUCUGUCAAGCGCAGACAGAGCGCGGCUGCAACUCGAAGAGCAAAGGUUCCCAAGAAAGAACACCGGGAUCAAAAAAUGGUCGGUCUCGUCAAGCCUGAACGCGCAUCAGCAAGGCCCAAGAGACCAUUGAGGGAAUAUGGCGAGGUCUCAUCGGAGGACGAGCUGAUGGAGUACACUCUUCCAAGCUAUUUGAAGCAACGAAGAGCUCAUUUCGAUCGGGAUCAACAAAAUCUCAAUGAGCUUGGUCUGAAGCUCCCGCCUUCCUACGACGAUGUCGACUUUUCCGAUGAUGAUCGCUUGGAAGACCUGCAAGAGAAGCCGUUAUUCCCAGACAGAAGGCCUGUCAGAGAAUAUAAAGAUAUCACGUUACCAUAUUCUUUGGGGUUGAUUCCCGCCCCGAUUGCACAGUGGUUGCGCCAAUAUCAAGUUGAAGGUGUCGCUUUCAUGCACGAAUUGUUCGUCUAUCAAAAGGGCGGUAUUCUCGGCGAUGAUAUGGGUCUGGGUAAGACCAUUCAAGUCAUUGCAUUUCUGACUGCCGCCUACGGCAAGACUGGCGAUGAGCGAGAUUCGAAGCGGAUGCGCAAAAUGCGGAGAUCGGGUGACAAUACAUGGUAUCCACGCACCUUGAUCAUCUGCCCAGGCACUCUGAUCUCAAAUUGGGUGUCUGAGCUUCAGCGGUGGGGGUGGUGGCAUGUCGACGUCUACCAUGGCAGCAACAAAGACAUCGCCCUUCACGCUGCGAAAUCGGGACGUGUGGAGAUUCUGAUUACUACCUAUACCACGUAUGUGAACAACAAGGACCCUGUGAACAUGGUCGAAUGGGACUGUGUGAUUGCAGACGAAUGCCACAAGGUCAAGGAGCGCAAGUCCGAAACAACGCAAGGCAUGAACGAGGUCAAUUCACUCUGCCGAAUCGGUCUGACUGGCACAGCUAUUCAGAAUCGAUAUGAGGAACUAUGGACUCUACUGAAUUGGACAAAUCCUGGCGUCGUUGGACCCGUGACAACGUGGAAAGCGCAGAUUUCGGAGCCGUUGAAGAUUGGACAGUCACACGACGCCACCUUGAACCAACUCAGCAAAGCUCGAAGAACAGCAAAAAAGCUUGUCGAAAACUUGCUUCCACAGUUCUUCCUGCGUCGCAUGAAGUCUUUGAUAGCGGACCAGCUACCCAAAAAGAGCGACAGGGUAGUCUUUUGUCCGCUGACAUGGACUCAAGCAGAGGCCUAUGAGAAUUUCCUGGACAGCGAUAUCGUGACCACGAUUAAGACUUCCACUGAAAGCUGUGAUUGUGGGUCAGGAAAGAAGAGAGGCUGGUGCUGCUAUAAGCUGGUCCCUGGCACGGGCAAGACGUGGCAGUCUUACGUUUUCCCUGCUAUUGCGGUUCUUCAGAAGCUCAGCAACCAUCUGGCAAUUCUGAUUCCGCAAGGAAACGAUUCUAAUGAGAAACAAGAAAAAGAAAAGGAGAUGCUGCAAAUAGCACUACCAGAUCAAUGGGAAGACCUAUACCGGUCCCGAGACUCGAUUGUCAACUACGCAAACCCCGAGUUCUGUGGAAAGUGGAAAGUCCUGCGCAAGCUACUUAGGUGGUGGCAUGCGAACGGUGACAAGGUCCUUGUUUUCUCACACAGCGUCCGCCUAUUGAAAAUGCUCCAGAUGCUAUUCAACCACACGAGCUAUAACGUGAGCUACCUGGACGGUUCUAUGAAGUAUGAGGACCGUGCGAAGGCCGUGGACGAGUUCAACUCUGACCCAAACCAAUUUGUCUUCCUGAUCUCUACUAAAGCUGGCGGUGUCGGAUUGAACAUCACGUCGGCAAACAAGGUGGUCGUGGUUGAUCCGAACUGGAAUCCGGCCUAUGAUCUUCAAGCCCAGGACCGAGCCUACCGAAUCGGACAGGUACGGGAUGUAGAGGUCUUCCGACUUGUUUCUGUCGGCACCAUUGAAGAGAUCGUCUACGCACGACAAAUCUACAAGCAGCAACAAGCUGAAAUUGGUUAUACCGCUAGCUCUGAGCGACGCUACUUCAAGGGUGUCCAAGAAAAGGCAGACCAAAAGGGCGAAAUCUUCGGUAUGCAGAAUCUCUUCGCUUACCAGCACGACAACGUCGUACUUCGCGACAUCGUCAACAAAACCAACGUCGCCGAAAGCCGCGCCGGCGUUCAAGUCACGGACUUUGAAGUCAAAGAAGAUGACGACAACGUCAAAGCCGAAGAUGAAGCAAUGAGCCAAAUAGCCGCCAUGGUCCGCGGCGAAACCGACGCUGAAGCAUCAAAGACUGAACCUGCGCACAGCCAUGACCCGAUUCAAGCCAUUCUCGCCGGCGCAGGUGUCGAAUACACUCAUCUAAAUAACGAAGUUAUCGGCUCAUCCCGCGUCGAAGAACGACUCAGCCGGCGCGCAGAGCAAGUCACCAAUGAUCCCAAUGCAGAUUUCCAGAUCUUCGAAUCUUCUCAGAAUGCUGAUAGUGGUGGCCAUGAUCCCUUUGCGGAACCGCGCCAUCAACCCCCACCACCAUCUGUAUUCCGAGAUCCGGACGGGCAGAUUGUUCGGUUCAAGUAUAAUCCGCCGGAGGAUGUGAAGCGCCGACAGUUCUGCAGUAUGGCGCGACGGCUUGGGUAUGCUGAUGCGACUGAUUUUGCGCUUGUGGUGGAGAAUAUGACGCAGGCUCAACGGAGAGAGUGUCUUGACAAGUGGUAUCUGGAGCGGAGGAAUGUGGUGCUUUCCCAAGUAGAGAAGGGACAAGUCAAGGAUGAGCAAUAA